AUGUCAUACAACCAGGCCAGUGCCCCCCCUCCUUCCUACAGCCAGGCAACCGGGCAGCCGCCACCUCAGGGUAUGCCCAUGCCGACCCCCCAGAUGCCAGGACAGCCCCCUCCCCAAGCAGGGGGGUACCCAGCAGCAGAACCCCCUCCUCAGGCAGGGGGGUACCCGGGUGCGGCACCCCCCCAGCAGCAGUCGGUCUUCAGGCUGUCGUAUGUUGACUUUAUGCCAAGCCAGAUUUCAGGAACUGGCAGCUCGGGCUUCCUCAGCUUCUCCUAUCCACAGUUCGAGAGAUUCGAUGUCCUGGUAACCCGAGCCAACCAGUGGCUCCAGCAGAACCCGACCAUGGAGGUCAAAACCUGCGAGAGUCUGGAGGUCAAGUUCGAGUAUCACCUGGGGAGCUCCGGCGGGGUCGUGAACCCUGACCGGUCACUGUUCUACGAGUCAGGAAAAGUGAGAAGCUGCUACGUCCGUGGACUGAGGUUGUGGUUUGGACAGAAGAUGGACCCGUCCGUCCCCCCGCAGCAGAUUCGCUACAUUAACUACGUGCCGGGCUGUAUCCAGGCACCCUCCCUGUUUGGGUACCCACAGUUCGAGUCGUUCGGAGAAACAGUCAACAAAAUCAACCUGAUGAUGAGACAGAACCCACUCCCUGGAAAGAUCCUGACAGUGGAGACACAGGACGUGAAGGUUCGUGGGGCGUGGUCCGGUACGACCAUCGAUCCGGACAAGUCCUUCUGGUACGAAGACGGGAACUACCGGAAACUCUUUCUCUUCAUCAUCCGCGUCUUCUACGUCAACGGACCACCCGCUUAUGAGGAGAUAGGAACUGGAGACUUUGUGCCCGGGUGCACCCACGUGCCGUCUGGCCUGUUUGACUGGCCACAGUUUGAGCCUUACAGCCAGGUGGCAGCCCGGGCGUGUGCCUGGGCCAACGGGAGCCUGCAGGGCUGCCGACUCGCAAACGCACAGACCCUGCACAUCAAGAUCAGCAGGAAGGGGUGGUCGGGUCAGAUGACCAUUGACAGUCAGCGGUCCUCGUUUGUCGACGCGGGAAACAUGGCCACCAUGUACGUCCGCAUCAUGCGCCUGAUCUUCCUGAAGCCUCUCCAGGGUGCGGUUGCGCCGCCCCGCCCGGUUCAGCUCAGCAUCAAGACCUUCGUCCCUGCGCAGAUCUCGCACGGGGGCAUGAUGAGCUUCCCGCAGUUUGAAACCGUGGGGCAGACGAUGCAGCGCGCGCUGGCCUGGCUCAACGCUGCAGGAGCCAACGUGAGCUUCGCAGAAACAGUCCCCAUCAAGAUCAUGGGAGCGUGGUCGUCCCGACCGCCGGCCGCGUACGCGGAAGAGUCCAUGGCGUACGACUCGGCCAAUCACGGCGAGAUCUACCUGAACAUCCUCAGGAUUUACCUGGACGGAACGUACCACGAGCCGCCCCCACACCUGCUCCCCCCCAUGCCGCAAGUGGCACCUUCCAAAGGAUCGGACUGUACCAUUCAGUGA